UGCGCUCGUCAGUAGAAUCGCUUCACAAGUGCUUGCUGGAAGCGCUAUCGUCCAGAAAAAGAGGAUACGUAGCUAGAAGUGGGGAGAGGCCCCACAGAGCGGGGCAAGGAAUGCUUGGCAUCACAGAUCUUACAGCUGGCCUGAAUUCAUUGCAGUUUGAAGCUGGAGUGGAACACAAACAUGAAAGUCUCCUGCCUCUAGUGGGACGGAGCCAUAUUUUGAUGCUGAAUGCCUGUGCUCACUGCAUAUACUUCUGUAGGCUUCUUCUCUCCUGUCGACAGAAAGAAGCAGGCACAGGCAACCCUUUUGCUGCACACAGGAUCCCUUUGGCAUCUCGCUGUGAAAGGCUGCGAGUGAGCAUCAUUGGUGGGGGCAAUUUAGGAAAGCAGAUAGCUCACUGUCUGAUAGACCUUGGUGUGAUCCGGGCAGAAGAUAUCCGUAUCUCCACGCGCCGACCAGAAACCUUGCAGGAUCUGCAAGAGCUGGGUGUACACUGUGCCUAUGAUAAUGCUGCUCUUGCCACUUGGUCCCAAGUUAUCUUCCUGUGCUGUCUGCCAUCCCAGCUGCCUAGCAUAUGCACAGAAAUCAGGGAUCAUCUGAAGAAAGCCUGUAUUGUGUACAGUCUGGUCUCUGGUGUUCCACUGUCAAGGUUAAAGCAGCUGCUAUCUCACAGCAGUAUAAUAAGGCCAGAUUACAAAUAUGAGGCUAAGGAUGGGGCACUGGUUCAUGGCAAGAAGAGAACAAUCACUGCAAAUUUAAAAGAUUUAUCCGUUGUAAAGUCCACAAGUAUAGGAAUCUUCCAGAAAGAGGGUAUCUGUGUGCUGAACAGGUUUAUAGAAACAAGCAUGUAUGCAGCUUUGAACAUGUGCUCACUGCAAGGACUCUCCAGCAAGGAGGCACUGACUCUCCUGAAUGCCUUAAUCCCUCAGACACAGCCAUUGGACUUAGCUUCCUCCCUUCUGACUCCAGAAGCCUUUGUCAGUUCAGAGUUUAUAUCUUCUCUCUCAGAUGAGAGCCCGUUUCCAUGGUUUGAUCUGUGCACAGUUCAGAGUAAGGAGACUCCAUUCAGUGAGUACCUAGCAAGAUCCUUGUGGCUCCGAACAGGCUUGGAAGAGUUGUACUUGGCUGCCUUUAAAACUCCCUGAAGUGUAUACAUCCAGCUGAAUCUUCUGAGUCGCGUAAUUGCACCAAAAUAUCUACUGCAUUUUGAGUGUUUUACCGGCUGAGUCAGACCGGGACACCAAUGUGUCAUGGGCGUUUACUGUUCCUAGUUAACCUGUAUUAACACGAAAACUUUAUUUUAUAUGGGGGAUAUAGUUCCAUAUGUUACAGAAUAUCUAGGCUUAAAUUAUUCUGUAAUUGACUGCUGAACCUUUCAAUAUGGAAGUUCCACUCCCAACUGUGUUUCCUAUCCAUAACUUGUCUACUUCUUCACAUCUACAGCCCAGGAAGAUUAUCAGACAAAGGAAUGAAAUAGCAUCAUCUUUCUGGGAGAAGGAGUAAGGGGAGUCAAUAGAUAGUUUAGGAAGUAUGUUCCAAUGGGGUUGUGAGUGACUGGGUAGUUUUGGGAGACUCAGGAAGAGGAAGCAACUGACAGAAUGAGCCGCAAAGCCAUGGUGAUUUCAAACCCCCUUUAAGGAGAGGAACUCUCUUCCAAAUGAAGGGAGGCCUAGGGGCACAUUUACUAAUCCACGAACGUCUGAAAAGCGUCCGAAUGCGUUUUUUUCGUAAUGAUCGGUAUUUUGCGAUUUUUUUUUUAUUGUCGCAAAUUUUUCGAGCUCAAUUCGAAAAAGUCGCGACAAUUCGCGAAAGUCGUAAUGGCUAUGAAAAAGUCGCAACAAUUCACGAAAGUCAUAAUGGCUAUGAAAAAGUUGCGUCAAUUCACGUUAUUUUUAUGGCUAUGAAAAAGUCGCGACAAUUCGCGCAAGUCGUAACGGCUACGAAAAAGUCACGAUGGUGACGAAAAAAUUGCAAAAAAUCCUAAAAAAACGCAAAAUGUUCGUUUCCAAUCCGAUUUUUUCCCAUUCGGGAUUCGGAUUCGUGGAUUAGUAAAUCAGCCCCCUAGAGAUGAACAUCCCUCCCACUAAGGCUCUUACAGAACCAUGGGCCCUACUAGAUCUGUGCAACCUGAAGGAACAAUAACAUCACUGUAGGACACUCUAGGUAAAUCCCACCUGCUGGUAAACUUAUGUCUUCAAAUGGCACCAAUAUCUUGUGCUAAUUACUGAUUAAUAUUACUAGAAAAUCCUAUCCCUGACUUUAAAAUUCUCGUGCCUGAUAAAUAUGGUUUAUGGGUCAGGAAGGGCUGUUACACAAGGGUCCACCAGAGUGGAUAGACUGCAGAGGACAGCACAGGCAGACAGUUUGCUGGUGGAACAUCUCUACCCUAAGCUGUUUACAGCCCAGAUAACAUAGUUGUUGUGGAUUAGCUCUUGCUCUCCCAUUAACAAUGCAAAUUAAUUUUGAAAAAAACCCUCUGCUAAUUAAGUCUUCUUGGAUUCUCCUGCUUAUCUAUAAAUGUGGCCUCAGUUCCUUGACUCUGUUCCCUGACUCUGUAUCCUAAACUGUUUACUGUCUUUCCCACUGCUGGCAAUACAUAAAACACAAACAAGCAAAUAGCAACGGCACUCAAGAGCUACAUACGGGCCUUGCCCUUAAAAAAAUCCUUUAUUGCGGAAAUGCUUUAUUGCUUGUUUGGAAUCUGUGGGGAGGGUGCCGAUCCCUCUCUAGCAUUGUGCACCGAGCGGUGAGUUUUCGUUGGAGGGCUGAGGGAGUGCGGGUUUGGAUUCGUUGCUUGCAAAUAAAUAAAACACAAGCAGAGCCUGGAAAAGUUAGAAAAAAAUGAAUGGUCUGUGCUCCAAAAAGGGUAAAAAGCAGGGCCCACUAAGGUCAGGGCCUACCAGCAAAAGUCCCGGUAAGCCUGCCAGGCCAGUCGGACACUGCUCACGAUGUUUUUUCUGACAUUGUAGAGGGGCUGUUUUUAUACGAGCUGGAAGAAAUUUAGUGUGGGAGACAACAUUACCAUGUACUAUAACACUUAAGAAGCUUAAAGGGAUUCUGUCAGGGGAAACAUGUUUUUUUCCCAAAAUGCAUCAGUUAAUAGUGCUCAUCUAGCACAAUCCUGCACUGAAAUCUGUUUUUCAUUUUGAAAUUUGUUAUGGGGCUAGACAUACGCUUAGUUUGCCAGGUGCCCUUAGUCAUGUGACUUUUGGUCUGAUAAACUUGUCACUGCAUUGCAAAUUGGAGUGAUAUUACAACAAGAUAGCAGCUUCCUGACACGUGCUGCUAAAAAUGCAAAGUUUGUUGUAUUUGCAUGGGCCAUAACAUGCCAUAAAAAUUUGUAUUCACAACCCAUAACAUUUUUUCAGUUAGUACACAAGAAGUUGUGGAAAAUAAGAUGCUAGAAAGUGCAAACUUUGAGACGAUUUUCAGUAACUGUAUAAAAAAAAUAGUUAUAAAUUUGAAAUUCUGCAGAAAAGUCUAGUUUCCUAAACUAUAUAGUUUUCUAGAGUUAAUUACAGGCAGUGUGUUAAGUUAGCAGGGGACAAAGUGUAAGACCAUUUGUAAACUGAUCAAACAGAUACUUGAUAAUGGCUGUAUUUUUGUAGCAAGAAGGGCCCCUACUCUGGCCAGUUUCCCAGGGAGUUUAUCCAUCAGAGAGAAAGUGAAGCAACCCAGCAUCAUAUGAAAGGAACCUAUAAAUGAGGUGUUGCAUCACAUCAGAACAUCCACGUAUCUAAAGAGUUCAGAAGCUCUGUAACAGGGAGGAUUUAUGAAAUGCUGGGAUUUCAUAAUAUACCAUCUUACUGCACAAAGUGUAACAUCCAAAUGCACUAUACACGAACACAUCCUACUCCAUUAGAACACAUACUGAAAGCACCCUGGUUUUUAAACAUCCAAAUGUAAUUAGAGUGAUGGAAGUAUGAAAUACAGGUAAUUGAAAUGAUACUCCCCCCUAACUGCGGUGAUAGCAGAAUUACUAGCUUGAGACAAGACAGCUGAAGGGAUUGAAUUCUGUUUUAAAAUAUGUAUAGUGAUAAGAUCUCCCUUUCCUUUUAAAAUGUGAUUUAUUGCUUGUGUAUCACCACACCAAUAGGUUUUUCAUCAAUUUGCCAAUACAUCCUAUCCUAGGCACAUGAAUAGAGAAUUGGUAAAUUUAUAAGAGAAAGGCAGUAUGGUUGCUUAUUAAAUUAAAUGUUUUUCAUGUUUAAAGUAAUGGAUAAAAAAUGGCAUGCAGUACUAAAGUAUCUAGUAGAAUUAAGUCUAAAACAACUGGACUUUUUCAGAAUUUUUUCUUGAAAAUGUUUCACCACUCAUCCGAGUGGUUUCUUCAGUUCCAAUGACUGGUAGGGAAUUCCUGGCAUUUAAAGGAGAAGAAAAGGCUAGUAAAAAGUUAAUCUCAAGCUGCAGGCAUACCUUCAGUUGUCUCAAUAGUGCCCUUAAGUCUCCCCAUAUUUCUCCCGUUCAGAAGAUCAGAAGCCAAACAGAAAGAAAAAACGCUGAGCUGUGUAAAGAAGGUUCCCAUAAUGCCUCGCUCCUGCGCAGACACCCAGAACAAGUGUACAUGCUCAGUUAGUUAGACUAUGAGGCAGCUUCCUGCUGAUUGGCUCAGAUCCACAUUCCUAAGGGGGGGAGUGAGUUCUUAGCAUUCUUGAGGGAGGGGGGAGCAGCAGAGAAGAGAGAGCUGAAAGCAGUGUGUCUCUGGCAGAGGAAAACAGACACAAAUAAUCGUUUUACAGAGAACUCUGUGCAGUGUUUCUGUGAGUGCUUAUGGCUGUAUUUACAUAAACCUUUCUGAUAAAGCUUACUUAGUUUUUACCUUUCCUUCUCCUUUAAACCCUUGAGGGUAGUACAGUCACAGCCAUCCAAUCAUAAUACUAGAUACUGUAUAUCAUGACCUGGAUGAAUGAGAAUCUUCAUAGACAGUACCAAAGUAGUAACAAAACUGCAAAGAGCCUUACAAAGGAAACAGUAAUAUAUGUAUUUAACUUUGUAAGUUACAAGUAUGAUACAUAUGGAUAAUGAUUGCACUUUGUGGCAAACCCCAAGUUAUAAUUUUAUUUGCAUCACUUACAUUGUGCCUUCAUUAUAAAGGAGUGGAGAGAAAAAGAUAAUUUAUAUAAAUGCUUACACUUGAAGAGCAUUUAAUGGCUAAAAGAUUGUGUUAACUCUGAGAAAGGGCCGUUUAAUUUUCUGCUUUGUAACUUCCUGUUUAAGGAUUUUAAAUUUGUAAAUGUAGUGUGUUUCAUUAUUGCCUAUGACGACAUGUAUAAAAUGUGUGAUUUUAUCAUUA